AUGGCUAAGGAUGAAGCCAAGGCAUCAGAUUUUUCCAAGGGAUUGCUGCAAAGUGAAGAGCUCUAUAGAUAUAUACUGGAGACCAGCGUGUACCCUCGUGAGCCAGAACCUCUCAAGGAGCUUAGGAACAUUACUCUUAACCACCCUAGAGCUAUGAUGGCUACUGCACCGGAUGCUGGUCAGUUAAUUGGAAUACUGCUGAAUCUUGUAAAUGCAAAAAGGACAAUUGAGGUUGGAGUUUUCACUGGAUACUCUCUUCUCCUUACUGCUCUUACCAUACCCGAAGACGGAAAGGUUAUCGCCAUUGAUAUGAACAGAGAAUCGUAUGAAGUAGGAUUGCCAGUUAUAAAGAAAGCUGGUGUUGAACACAAAAUUGAUUUCAGAGUAUCUGAAGCUCUUCCACUUCUCGAUGAGCUUUUAAACAAUAAAGCGAACGAGGGUGGAUUCGAUUUUGCAUUUGUGGAUGCAGACAAGGUGAAUUAUUGGAACUACCAUGAGAGGCUUAUGAGACUCAUCAAGGUUGGUGGGAUUAUAGUGUAUGACAACACUCUUUGGGGAGGGUCAGUUGCUGAACCGGACUCCUCCACGCCUGAGUGGAGGAUAGAAGGCAAGAAGGCAACCCUCGACCUGAACAAGAAACUCUCGGCUGAUCAGCGUGUGCAGAUCUCGCACGCUGCACUUGGAGAUGGGAUCACUAUUUGCAGGAGAUUAUAUUGA